GCACAGAGAUGAGUUCCUCUUGUCUCUCACUGUUGGGAAUCGCCAGGCGGAAUCAUGAGAACGAGAACACGCCUCUAUGACUAAAAACAAUCUCAAAGCCCAUCUGAAAUGGCUGUUGGAUCAAGGCCCAUCGCUAUACCCAGUGUUGACUCCUUCUGCGUGGGAGUCCCACGUCGACCAAAGUCCUUCUCUGAACGAUCCGAUCCCAACAUAUAGCCCGACUGCCAGUCAGAUUGGCGGUGUUAGCAUCAAGGAUUCGCAGCCGGCCACCGCGACAAAUAUUAAGAAUUUGAAUGAUGGAAUUGGGGUUGUUUCCGACACAGAUAUGGCACGACUACUCUUUGCGCCUCAGUCGGCGAUCAAGCCUCGAAUGCUCAGCCGUGCGAAAGAUUCCUCCCCGAACAACCCUAUGAAACCAUUAAAAGCUGCGGCGACAUCUUCUCCGACACGACAGCGAGGAUCUGGAACUCCUCGGAGUAAAGAUGUGAAAGAGCCGCUUAGCUCUGGGUCUUUAUUCCACGAGUCGGACACACUGAUAAGGACCCCCCAAAGACCCAAAGCAAGCCAAGACAUACAAUCUUCUUUACAAAAGGUCGAUACCAUCGACUUAACCAUCGACUUGGAUCACAACACACACUCUUCUGACGCUAUAGAAGAGUUUGGGGAGCCGUGCCAGCUUUGGACCGAAGAAGCCACACUCCGAAAAGAACCGUUAGAAAAGAGGGGAAAGAAACGCAAAAGCGACGAAUACCCCUCUAAACUUCUCUCCCCCCCCAAAAAAAACGCCCAUAAUGUCUGCUCACCGUUAGUAUCUGGAAAGACAAAGCUUAGUAGAUCUCCACGCCCUUUGGAAAUUACUCGAGCUAAGAACGAUUGCACAUCUCCGCCGUCCAAGAAACAGGGUCCAUCAUCAGCCAAGCGUACCAGAAAGAACCAGAUCAUCGAAGACUCGGAAUAUGAAGAUGCUGAUAGCUUAUUCGAUGACUGGGUUAAAAAUAAGCAGGACUUGGUUGAAAACACAGAGGAGUCUUUGUAUCCGGUUUUGCCCCAGGAAAGUCCAUUCUACGGCGGCGGAUUUGAUAAGCUUGCAAAGCAGAAUAUCCCAAUAUCUCCGGACUCAAUGGGCAUGCCAAGCGUCCAUCGUUCCGUCACUACACCCGAAAGCGAGGUAACACCUCGUGGUUCUCCUCCAUCCUCCUGCCCUUCCGUGCCUCAGAGUGCCUCAAAAUCAACUUCUGUGCCUGUUGACAAGAACGUCGAAAAUUUUCUGCGACUGCCAGAUGACUCACUCGACCGCCUUAUUUCGCGCAUGAAGACCAGUCUCACAAAGAAUUCGGAAGUAGUUUACCAGCAGGCAAUGAAGGGCGAGCUGGCUCCUGAACUUAUUGCCGAAAACAAAGUUCUCGCAGAUCGAAUCGAGGCGGUCGAGUCGUUGAAGACACAGAAACUCGUCUACAGGACUUGCGAACAAGAAUCGGAGUCUCUUAGAAAUGCCAUUUUGAAAGUCAUACAACGAGGGGGCGAUCCGCGAACAAUUCCGGAGCUCGAGCAAAAUAAAAGAGUCGCAUCACAAUUGAAAGAUGUCGAAACUGAUAUACUUCGCUUGCUCAAGACAGCCGGUUUAUUAUCGGGUAUAGACUCGGUUCCCGAGAAUGGUCCUGAGCGACCAAACUCUUCAGCGCCGCCAUCUCAAAGGAAACCUAGAGAUAUUAAAGAUUCCUCAAGUUUGAGGAAACACGGUCACAGUGAAAACUCCCUUACCCGCCAGGUUCCCCAGCACUCGUUUGACGCAGAUGGCUCUCGAUCUAGGGCUGCCGCGUCUGUUGCCAGUUCCAUGGCAAAUGUUUCCACGAGUACUUCCAACCAUGGACGUUUUGAGUACGAUUGUCCAAUUACGAGCGACGGUGAGACAGGAUUUACCAGGACUAUGGGAUCUCCUACGCCUCUGCAAGAACGGGACGAAUUUGAUCUAGAUGAUUUCGACGAGGAGAUGCUGGAGGCCGCAGAUCAUUUUCAGGAUGACCAGUUUUCCACGACCCAAACACAUGGGCCUGAAAGUCGCAAAGUUUUUGCUGAAACAUCUGGCAACGCACCAAGGCUUCCCCCAACACAAAAAUCGCAAAGCCAUGGCGCUCUCUGGAACCAACACCCAUGGUCGAAAGACGUAAGAAAUGCUCUGAAAGACAGAUUCCGCCUUCGUGGAUUUCGGCUUAAUCAACUUGAAGCAAUCGAUGCAACGCUGAGUGGAAAAGAUACGUUUGUCUUGAUGCCAACAGGUGGAGGAAAAUCCCUUUGCUAUCAGUUACCUUCUGUUGUCUCCAGCGGCGCGACAAAGGGAGUCACAGUUGUCGUCUCACCACUGCUCAGCUUGAUGCAUGAUCAGGUCACUCAUCUGCGUCGUAAUAACAUCAAAGCAUUUCUGGUCAAUGGUGAGACACCAAGAGAUGAACGCAAAUGGAUACUGGACACAUUGUCGGCUCCACAUGCCGAAGAGCACAUUGAGCUUCUAUACAUUACACCCGAAAUGAUGAACAAAAGUAAACAUCUUACCCGAAGUCUAGAAGAUUUGAAUUGCAGAAAAAGGCUGGCACGCAUUGUCAUCGACGAAGCUCACUGUGUCAGUCAAUGGGGUCACGAUUUCCGCCCAGAUUACAAGGAGAUUGGGGAGCUCAGAACUCGGUUGCCCGGCGUCCCUAUGAUGGCAUUAACUGCCACCGCAACAGAAAACGUCAAGGUGGAUGUCAUUCACAACCUCAAAAUGGAUGGUUGCGAAGUCUUCACCCAAAGUUUUAAUAGGCCGAACCUAACAUAUGAGGUCCGGCCCAAGACGAGGUCAGCUGAGCUACUAGCCAGUAUGGCUGAAACCAUCACGGGCCAAUAUCGAAACAAAUCCGGUAUCGUUUACUGUUUAUCACGAGAUUCUUGCGAAAAAGUUGCGAAACAACUUCGGGACAACUAUCGGAUCAAGGCAGAACAUUAUCACGCGGGACUGGAGCCAAAAGAUCGGGCAGAUAUCCAGCAACGUUGGCAGAGUGGUCAGUCGCAUGUGAUAGUUGCAACUAUUGCUUUUGGUAUGGGGAUUGACAAGCCUGAUGUACGAUUCGUGAUACAUCACAGCAUUCCCAAAAGCCUGGAAGGGUAUUACCAGGAGACUGGGCGCGCUGGUCGCGAUGGGAAAAGGUCUGGGUGUUAUCUUUAUUACUGCUAUCGAGAUACAACAAUUCUCCGCCGCAUGAUCGAUCAAAGUGACGGUAAUAAGCAACAGAAAAACCGACAGCGCCAGAUGCUUCAUAAUGUUGUGCAAUUUUGCGAAAACAAAAGUGAUUGCAGGAGAGUGCAAAUUCUAGCCUAUUUCAACGAACGGUUCCGACAAGAAGACUGUAAUGCUUCAUGCGACAACUGCAAGUCAGAUUCCGUUUUCGAGCCCCAGGACUUUUCUGAAUACGCCGCAGCAGCCAUCAAAGUUGUACGGUAUUUUCAAGGUCUGGGCGAGAACGUGACAGUGUCCUAUUGCGUUCAUAUCUUCCGAGGCAGGGUAACAAAAUUUAAAUCAAUUGAACAUAAGAACGCCACUGGUUACGGUCACGGAUCAGAUCUCGACCUCGGGGAGGCUGAGCGCCUCUUUCACAAGCUGCUUCGUGAAGGUGCUUUGAAAGAAGAAAAUGUACUCAACAAGGCCAAAUUCGCGAAUCAGUACGUCAAACUUGGACGACGUGCUGCAGAAUUCGAGAGCGGCCGAUCCCGAUUGAAACUUGACGUUCGAAUAUCUCCGAAUGGCAAGGGUCGAAAGUCAGGUCGGACUGAAACAAGGAAGGAUUACCAACCACAGUCUACAAACGUGUCAUCGCCGGUCCAAUCUGCACACCAACGCCAGCUAGCCCGGUAUCGCUACAAUGGUAUGGACGGCGAUGAGUCGGAUAGUGACAGAGAUAGUGACGGAUUUGAGAGGAUUCGCAUUGCCGGUGACCGGAAGAAAAAUAAAACGAAUCUUCCUGGGCCAAGGAUCACACAAGACCGUCGCUUUGAUCAGCUGGACUCUCUUCAUAAAGCAGUCGCCGAAGAUUUCAUGGUCUAUGCUAAGGCUUAUUGUCAGGAUUUGGUAUUGAACAAAGGACUUCGAAACCAACCUUUCACGGACACUGUUCUUCGUGAAAUGGUCAUCGUCUUCCCUAAAGACAAAACCGAACUACUUCAAAUCCCAGGCAUAGACGCAGACAAGGUUCAGCGAUACGGCGACAGAAUCCUAAAACUAAUUCGAGAUACCCAGCGCCGUUAUACUGAAUUGAAAAAGGACCGUGAUGAUAUUGACGGUGUUGUUCCUGAUCCGAAUCAUCACAAUGUCGUCAAUAUCAGUAGUAGUGAUGAAUUUAGCGAUUGCGAUGACAUCCUAGACCAGGCAACCGUUCUGGAUCAGGGUGACAGCAUUGUUUCCAGUCGAUAUUUCCCAUCAACCGAGCAUACUAUGGACGAUGAUUCGACCGACGAGUACCAACCCGCGCUUGCAGAAUCUAGCAGCGCGAGACCUCGAAAGCGAAAGGCCACCAAACGGUUUCGCCGCCAGAAUACAGAUUCAAAACCCAGAACCAAACCCUCCAAGUCAAGGAGUAAAACAAGCAAAACUAGUAAGAAUGCGGAGGGUCGACCUUUCCCACGGAAAGACACGAAGGGCAAGCCACAAGCUAGCCGGAUAGCCAUGAUGCCCGUGUAAUUGUGCUGUACAUUUUUACCAUGAUGAGUUUUAUGAUGCGUUGCAUGAUCAGCACCUUGAACUUGUAUUGGUUGCAUUGCAUGUUUAGGCGUUGUGUUGGCUUUAUAUUUCUCUUUUUUAUUGUGUGGGUGUUUAAAACAUGAUAUCCAUUCGACGAUUAUAUAGCGGGAGGCGCUGAUGUUUAGUUACUUCGGGAGUCAUACAGUCGGACUCCUUAUCCUCUUCAGAUACUUAAGAAAUAGAUGUCAAGUUUAUACCAGUCUAUUUGUUAUAGCCAUG